AUGUCAACCGUUAUGUACGUGGAUACGAGACGGCAACAUAAAUGUGGAAAGAAUGAGAUUUGGGCUGAUUGCAAAGGAUGUGAAUUAAAAUGCGGUGAAAGCGAAUUUAUCUUGGCCAUUUUUUGCAUUACCGUUGACGGAAGGCCUAAGUGUGGAUCAAACGAAGAAUGGGUUCCACAUUGUGCCAGCGGAUGUGAAUUAGAUUGUGAUGAUGUUGAACCAAAUCAGUGGCUGGAAAAUGUUAAUAAGGAUGAGAUUUUUCUGCACGCAAUCGAGGAUCAAAUACUGAAAAAGUGGACAGAUUGCUCGAUUAGGAACAGAAAAUUGACAACAUUUUUGCGAAGUACAUAUGAGAAAGAAGCACGGAUUCAUCCCCUCUCGAUGCAGUCGUUAUUACACAGUGGAAGUUUUAUACUACCAAAAGUUGUCUUCAUACCUCCUUCUCAGGUUGUCACAUUGGUAGCCGAAUAUGAUGCAGACAUGACCAUUCAACAAUUGAUAAAGAUGCUUAUAAAAUCAGAAAAAAUCCGAGCGCAGGAAAGAAGGAUACGUUGCGCUGAUAAUUUGUUGUUGACAAUCACUAAUCAGAAACGCCCGAUGCAUAUGACGAAAAUCUUGUUUGAACUUGGAAAAGAUAUUGUUGCCAACAGUUUUAGUAUAACCGAGAAAGAUACUGAAAAAGUUCUUGCCACUCUUCUACCGAUAUUUGAAUGCAAUUUGUGCCGUUUCAAAACAGAAUCGCGGGUUGUUCUUGAAAUUCACAAGGAAGUACCACAUUUUAUCCGACGUAGAUAUCGUUGCUCUCACUGCUCCCAAUUCUUCGUUAAUUCCCGUAAAAUAAGAAGUCAUUUACGUAAAAAACACAACGUGAUAGCUCGUAACGAUUACUGGAAUGCGAUAUUAGAAUGUCCUUUUUGUGCAGUAGUGUGUAACAGCGAGUUGAGCUUAAAGAAACACAAAAAGCUCUGCCGUUUUGCAAAGACCGGAUUUACUAUGCUUGCAACGAAAAAGCAAGCUUCAUGUGCAAUCAGUGAAAAUAUGUGGAAUACAGGGACUUUUUGCGAUCUAUCGCGCCAGAAAUUCGAACACUCUACUUCGUUGGAGGAAAUAAAUCAGAAGGAAAUUGACCUCACUCAAAAACGAAACGCACAACAGUGGAUCCAAGAAGAUUUUUGA